UCUCCUGUCUCGGUUUCUAUUAAAAAACAUUUCUUAGAAAUUCAAAUAAUUAAAAGAAAAAACAAACUGAAAAAAAAAAAAACACACGGCAUGGAGAACGAGAGGCCAGGCGCUUCUACGACGUCUUCUAACGCGUUCUCAUUUAUAUCGAAGAGCUGGCGAGAGGUGCGUGACUCGGCGGACGCUGAUUUGCAGUUGAUGAAGAACCGAGCCAACUCAUUCAAGAAUUUAGCGAGUUCUUUCGACAGAGAGCUCGAUAAUUUCUUCAAUUCGGCGUCGACGUUCUCAGUGUCGUCGAUUAAGUCGUCGCCGUCGCCGUCGGGGACGGAAAUCGACUUUGUUAAGAAAUUUCAGCCAAAAUUCUCGGAGUUCCGGCGAGUUUACUCGGCACCGGAGAUCAGUAAGCGUGUGCUGGAGAAGUGGGGACCACGCGCGAGGAUAAGGUUAGACCUGUCGGCGAUAAGGAAUGCGAUAGUAUCGGAGGUGGAUGAGGAGAGGGACAGAAAUGGAAUUAUUGAAUUUGAUAGGGGUAAAAGAGGGAGAGAGUUCUGGGGAGAGGGAGAGAGGGAAUGGGAGCCGAUAAGGACACUGAAGACUAGGCUGAGGGAGUUUGAGCGGAAGCGAGAGUUGUCUGUGGAGGACAUUUUUGGCGGGUUCAAGAGUAGUGAUUUUGUUGAGAAAGUGAAGUCUAGCUUGAAAGCAAUUUGCAAAGAGCCUCAGGAUUCAAAGGAGGUACCCCCACUGGAUGUACCAGAACUCUUGGCAUGUUUGGUGAGACAAUCAGGACCAUUUUUGGAUCAUCUUGGUGUUAGAAGAGAUAUAUGUGAUAAGAUAGUGGAGGGCUUGUGUAGCAAACGCAAAGAACAACUUCUGUUGCGCUCUCUAUCUGCAGGAGAAUCCACCUUACUUGAGAAUGAUAACAUAAAUGAUGAACUGGAUUUAAGGUUAGCCAGUGUCCUUCAAAGUACAGGACAUCAUUAUGAAGGUGGCUUUUGGACAGACUUUGCAAAGUAUGACCAGUCAGAGAAAAAAAGGCAUGUGGCCAUUGUCACAACUGCUAGUCUUCCAUGGAUGACUGGAACAGCUGUAAAUCCACUUUUUCGAGCAGCAUAUUUAUCAAAGACUGCACAACAAAAUGUCACACUAUUGGUUCCCUGGCUUUGCAAGUCAGAUCAAGAGUUAGUUUAUCCAAACAACGUCACUUUUAGUUCACCUGAAGAGCAGGAAAACUACAUACGUAACUGGCUCGAGGAAAGGGUUGGCUUUAAAGCUGGUUUUAAGAUCUCCUUUUAUCCUGGAAAGUUCUCAAAAGAAAGGCGUAGUAUAAUACCCACUGGGGAUACUUCUCAGUUUGUACCAUCAAAGGAUGCUGAUAUUGCAAUCCUGGAAGAACCAGAACACCUGAAUUGGUACCAUCAUGGUAAGCGCUGGACUGAUAAAUUCAACCACGUUGUUGGUGUUGUUCACACAAAUUACUUGGAAUAUAUCAAGAGGGAGAAAAAUGGGGCUCUUCAAGCUUUCCUUGUGAAGCACAUAAACAAUAUAGUCACAAGAGCAUACUGCCACAAGGUUCUUCGCCUUUCUGCUGCCACUCAGGAUUUACCGAAGUCUGUGGUUUGCAAUGUCCAUGGUGUAAAUCCAAAGUUCUUGAAAAUUGGUGAAAAAGUUGCUGCAGAAAGGGAACUAGGGCAGCAAGCCUUCUCAAAAGGAGCAUAUUUUCUAGGCAAGAUGGUCUGGGCAAAGGGAUACAGGGAGUUGAUAGAUUUGCUCGCAAAGCACAAGAAUGAUCUUAAUGGUCUCAAGUUGGAUGUUUUCGGUCACGGAGAGGAUGCACAUGAAGUUCAAAGUGCUGCUAAGAGGUUGGAUUUGAAUCUCAAUUUUCAGAGAGGAAGAGACCAUGCAGAUGAUUCUCUUCAUGGGUACAAGGUCUUCAUAAAUCCUAGUGUUAGUGAUGUGCUCUGCACAGCUACUGCCGAAGCACUUGCCAUGGGAAAAUUUGUAAUUUGUGCAGAUCACCCAUCAAAUGAAUUCUUUACGUCAUUUCCAAACUGUUUGACAUACAAGACAUCUGAAGAUUUUGUUGCCAAAGUGAAAGAAGCAUUGGAAAAUGAGCCUCAGCCUCUUACUCCUGAGCAAAGAUAUAACCUCUCAUGGGAGGCUGCCACCCAGAGAUUUAUCGAAUAUUCUGAGCUUGACAGAGUCUUGAAUAACAAAGAUGAUGAUGCCAAAUCAGGCAGAACUAACAGAAAGAUCGUCAAAAAGUCAGUUUCAAUGCCUAGUCUUAAUAAUGUGGUUGAUGGAGGGCUGGCAUUCGCUCACUACUGUUUCACCGGGAACGAGUUUCUUAGACUUUGUACUGGAGCAAUACCUGGGACACGAGACUAUGACAAGCAGCACUGCAAAGACCUGCAUCUUCCGCCUCCGCAAGUAGAAAAUCCUAUCUAUGGCUGGUGAGUACAGGAACCAAUAGGUAGUCAACAAUCCCCAUGUAUAAAUUUUCAAGCAUUGAACGUGGAUCUAGUCCAUGGUUGUUAGUAGAAGGUUUCUUUUCCGUUCGUUAGCAAUAUAUUUUUAUUUCAGAACCACGUAUUAUGAUAGCCAAAUACAAAAUUUGGCUUUGUUCAUAGAAGAGUAGAUGCCUAGUUAGUGAUUUCUUAUGUUGAAAAAUGAACACAAUAAACUAUUUUCUGUUGUACCGAAUUUUCGCUAAACGUACAUUUCGGCUCAAGCUGGAAUAAGCUUUGUCA